AUGAUUAUUCGUAGAUAAACAUGUUUUUCGGUCGAAGAGUUGCUUUUGCUGAUUCCGAUAAGACCUGCAACUCUAUUAUUUUAUCAUUUUAUUCAAGAAAUUUUCAUCUUGGUUAUUCUUUUAAAAGUUCAUCUCCUCUUCUUCACUCAGUUCUUGCGUGUUGCAAGGUUUUCAGCACCUAUUUUCUCAAGUUGACGAGUGUAUCUUGUAGUUUUUUAUUUUUUGGUACCAGGACCGACCACUGAGCUAAAAUGGUUUGCUUACCAUGUGUUGCUGUGCCGCUGCUCCUGUUCUUAUGGCGAAUUCUGUCACCAUUCAUCCUUCGAUUCAUCCCAUGGGGCAAACCAGAACCAGGAGAGAAGGCUAUUGACAACAAGGAAAAGUCCCCAAUAUCAUGUGACUCUACUGGCUGUUAUUGGUCUCGCCCAAAGGUCCCUGCAGAAGAGUCUAAAUGCCCAAUCGAAUCUGACAAAGUGAAAUAACUUUAAAACCCCUCAUACUAAAGUCACCUCGAAUGAUUUGCUGUUUUUGUUGAAUGAGAAGACAACUAGUCAGCAACAGAAAGACUAAGAAUGCCUCUCUAGUCUUUUACCCUUUUUUACUAAGAAAAAA